AUCGUUCAAACGAAAAAGCAAUUCUAAGUCCAGUCCAAAACAGAGAGAGAGAGAGAGGCUUUUUUUGCGUAUUUUAUGAUCUGGGUUUGUCGGAAAAACGUUGUCUUUUGAUAUCUGGAAGCGAAAAAUACUGUUUUGUAAGGAUAGAUGGCAACGGAGGUUUUGAGUAAAGCAAAUCUGUUGGCUUCUCCCCACCAAUACAAUCCGGAUCGAAGAAGAAAUGGUGUUCCUGGUUUAGCGAAAAGUUGUAACUUUAGUGGGUUUUCGUCUCCGAAGGUGAAACCCUUACGGUCGCAGACGGCGUCGUUCCUCCACAGCGAUUUUCAUGGAGAGAGGGUUGUUCGAUUGGGAAAUCAAGGGAAUCCUAAGCGAGGACAGUUUCAAGUUUCCAUUUCUGCACAGAGCGGUCUAAUUGGAAAAGCUCAUAAAUGGUGGGAGAAGGGGCUGCAACCCAACAUGAAAGAGGUUACUUCUGCUCAAGACCUUGUGGAUUCCCUUUUGAAUGCAGGUGACAAACUUCUUGUUGUUGAUUUUUUCUCCCCUGGUUGUGGUGGAUGCAAAGCUCUUCAUCCCAAGAUAUGUCAAUUUGCAGAGAUGAACCCAGAUAUUCAGUUUCUGCAGGUGAAUUAUGAGGAGCACAAAUCCAUGUGUUAUAGCCUCCAUAUUCAUGUCUUGCCCUUUUUCUGGUUCUACAGAGGAGCUGAUGGCCAUGUAUGCAGUUUUAGCUGUACUAAUGCCACGAUCAAGAAAUUCAAAGAUGCAUUGGCCAAAUACAACACAGAUAGUGUCAGCACUGGGCCUGCCAAAGGGCUGGAGGCGAAAGAGCUUGUAGCAUUGGCUGCUAACAAAGAUCUCAACUUUACAUAUACACCAAAAGCAGAUCAACCAGAGGCACCCCGAGAACUGGAAGUGGUGCCGGCAGAAGUAACCAUUUCUCAUUCAGAUUCAAUGAUCCCCACUCAUCUCCCAUCAGCAAUUCUAAACUCUCCCAAGGACGUUGAGGAGAAAACUUUGGUAACUGCCGUAAUAUAAUUUGGUUAGUUCCAACCAUCACCAUUAUCUUCCCUAUACCCCCCUUGUACAGGAAUACGCUACAAUCUUCCAUGUAAUGUUGAUGUUAUAGAUGAGCAAGCUUGUAAGACUUUUGAGUCGAUAGAGUUGCAGGCUGUAGGAUUUUUUUUUUGGAUCCUAGCCUGAUAGCGAGGUUGUUUGAAGAGCAGAUAUAUUAUACAUAGCUCUCACUUCUGUUUUUGGGGUUGCUCGUUCAUGUAGGAAGGAAGCCCCCUUUGCUGUUGUAAAAAUCCCGUCUUUCUAUCCAUUAACGAAGAUCAUAUUUAUGUCAAAAUUUUCAUGCUUUGGGUAGCAGACUGGAUCAAUGUAUUUGGUAUAUGUCAAUGAUAGAAUAUGAUGUCUUCUUGCACUCUUUAA